AUGGAUGGGAGUGGGCGGUACUCGCGUUCGUGGAAGUGCCAAAUCUCUGUUGGAGAACUUUACAGAUGGAUAUUAGCUAAACUGUCAGACAAAGAUAUUAAACGUGCUCUUCACAAGUACAGAGACCUCAUGCCUCGUCAAUCUGACUGGAACCGUAAACUUACUCAGGCAACCAAUAUUCCCGAGUUGGGUUUCCGCUACCUCUAUCGCUGUGGACAAAUAGAUGAAACUAACCACCGGACAAUGCAGAAAAUGCUUAAGUACAUCGACCGUCAGGAUGUUUUGCCCUACUUCGACACAAUUUUAUAUAAUACGAAUAAUGCUAAUUGUUCCAUAGAAGAACUGCAAAAAUCGUUGCUUGAUAGAGUUGAUGUUUUUCUAAAGUCUUCCACUGCACUUACUGAGGAUGAGGUCCACCCUGAUCUACCAUACGAUAUUCAUCAGUGUCAACCUCUUGUGGAUCGCAGACUGACCAGAUCGCUGAGUAAACGAAAAUCUUCUGAGGGGCCCCUGCAAUGCGUAACUAUGGCGAAGCGUCCUCGUCGCAGCUCUAUAUCUCUUCUGUCCUCAUCCUCAGGCGAGAUUCCAGGGACCUCUUCAAGUUCUUCAUCCUUAGAUAAGUCUCUGAUGCACGAUCUGGUCAAGAGCUGUUGUGGCCAGGUGCACUCGGCCAUAAUGGCUUACACUCUAGCUGGUCCAUCCAUGCAAACGAUUCUCAAUGCCUCUCUUGUCAGCAUGCUCGCUGUUCUCCACUUCACCCUCUCUCAGUCCUUUGGUUCAGCCAACCAGCCAAAUACCUUAUCUAUCGCCUCAACCUCCCCUUACGCCAUCCCGGUGCUCACCACCAAUACAAACCAACUCCUAGCCCCCAACGCCACCGCUGUGCUCCACGCCCCCGGUGCUCUCUCUCACUCCCGUCUCCUCGCUGCAAUGCCUCAUCUAGUCUCCAUGGUGCGGCUGCACAUGUCCUCCUUCGCCUACCCCCUCCGCAUUCCUCAAAGCCUUCGGCCUGCUGCGGAGCCACCCGCUCCUCAGUUGCCUUUGCAUCAUCCCACUCUCACGGUAUCUCAGAGCGGUGACCUCUUCCAGCGUCGGAUCCUGCUCACUGGGGGAGUAGGUAUCACGGCCUCGGCGAAUGAUUCGUGCAUCCACUGCUACUGUCGCAUCCGACUUCGUAUUAAAAUUGAUAUCGGUGCCUCACGGGACGCGCUGAGCCUGAUUCACGUGGAUCGACCUGACCCCUUCACCCGUCAGGUCGACAUGUUCUUGCAGGCCUCCAACCUCCUUCGCUCCCGCUGUCCUAAUGAGUAUAUCUGCAGCCUACGAUUCAACCGACUCCAUCAUCUGGAGGCCUUCUGGCAUGAUUAUACAACUGGUGUGCUUAGAAGAAUAAUCAUGGCAAAUCUGCUGCAUCCAGAAACUCAUAGUCUAGUGGGUUUGGGUUCUUGGGCAUUGAGUGACGACAGCCCUAUCCCGAGCAGCACAACAGACGCCACGGAAAGGUCUAAUAGACGUGGAGAUGCGGGAUCGUCGUCUUCACGCCAAUCGCGUCGAGUCCGGGUUUCACGUAGUCGCUCUUCGUCCUCACGAGCAUCGGAGGCGGAAAUGGGGGAUUCAGCCGUCCCUGCAUCAGUACCAUCAGCGUUGGCUAUGUCGCAGCACGCACCACUGGAGUCGCUUCGACGGGCACUCCUGUCAGUGCGUCGUCAUUUAUUCCACCUCUCCAUUGUGGAGCCACAAUCGGCCGUGCCACUACAACAACCGGGCCAGCAGCAUCAGGAUCCACCACCGCCACCAGCACAUCCACAGCACCAACAGCCUGUCCUCCCCGCCGGUGAUUUUGAUCUCUUCCUCUUUGUGUCUCGCCGUGAGUACGAAAACUCGCGGCUCCUGUUGAUGCGAAAUGAGCGAACCAUUCCUAGCCUUUGCCGGCUUGUGGCUGCUUCCCAGUUCAUGCCCUCCCCCUCGGCUACAGCGACAGCCGCGGCUGCUCCUGUUUCAUCCCCCUCUGACAGAUCCCCUCAGGGCCACCCAUCUUCUCCUUAA